AUGGACGUGUCCAGCGGCAGUUCUUGCCUUGUCGAAAAGAAAGCUAAAGGCGAAACGGCAUCGCGUCAAUCAAACAUCGAUUUCACCUUUGGGGAGACAUGGACACAGGACUAUUUAGACGAGCUGGAUAUCCUGGUCUGGAAUGAUGACGAGCCAGAAGAGUUCUACGCAAAUUACUUUCCAGAAGGAGGGCUGCAUCCAGUCCGAGUUGGAGAUCAAUUCGCCCAUGGAAGAUACAUGAUUUUCCACAAGCUUGGCCGCGGAAGCUUUGCAACUGUGUGGCUUGCGCGUGACGAGAAGUUGAACUGCAAUGUCGCGAUCAAGAUCACCGGAGCUCAUUUUACCAAGUCAUCAAACGAAGUCGAUGUUCUCAAAUUCAUUGCAAGUAACGAAGUCCCUAGUGUCAGCCGCGAGUACCUGCAAAUCCUUCUCAAUCACUUUGUUCAUCAGGGACCCAACGGCAUUCAUAGUUGUGUCGUCAGCAAACCAGCCUGGUUUACAGUUGCUCAAGGUCUUUUCCGCAUGCAAAAGAGGCGAUCUUUGCCCGUAGAAGUAGCCCGAGCUAUUACAGGCCAGUUGAUCACUGGUCUGGCCGCUUUGCAUGCCAUCGGCAUUGUUCAUGGAGAUUUGCAUCCCGGCAAUAUCAUACUGGCACAUCCAGAUCGGACAUUCACAUCGCAAACCAUUGAAGAACUAUACAAGUCGUACGAUCGGCCUACAAAGAUUCCACUGCACUUGUACCAAGCAGCCACUCUCGAAAAGCCUCCGAUCCCCGAUAACGCGCCACCAUACAUUGUCGCGAGUUUGUACGCCCCAGGCGGAUUCGAUACUAUUGAGCUUUCGGACGCUGAGGUUAUAAUUGGUGACUUCGGUGAGUCAUGGAGACUAUCGCAGGAGACGAAGCACGAACUUACAACAUGGCCUCCCUCUCGAGCACCCGAAUCCUUGUUUGGGAAGAGACUCAACCUCACCAUGGAUCGACCUUCCGAUAUCUGGUCUCCUGGAUGUCUAGUUUACCGCCUCUUUGGAGUGAGGCCCAUCUUGGAUACGGUCCAUUAUGACCCCGAGGAGAACUUUGUGAGAGCGGUUAGAAUGAUUGGAAAGCCACCACAACAGUGGUGGGAUCUGUCGGAGAAGAAGAACGGGUUUCACCACAAUGCGGGCAACGAUAAUGAAGCUCACGAUGAUUUGAACGAAUACGAAACCAUCGACGAAACCAGAGCAUCAUUGAGGCGUCGGGUCAUGGUUUGGCUCAAGGAAGAUCGCGGUUCUGAUAUGACGGACGAGGAGCUCGAAGACGUGUUGGCUCUUCUAGAACCCAUGUUUCACUGGCUUCCCAACGAAAGAACGACUGCUUCUGAUCUGCUGUCCUCACCCUGGAUGAAGAAGUGGGGACUACCAGCCAUGGAAACCACGAAGAGAGAGCGGGAAGCGAAGAAAGAGGAGGGAGCAAUGAUAAGCAGCUCGACACAGAGUCACCAAGCUUGCGUCAAUGGCGAGACUGGUAUCUGUGAAGAUUGA